AUGCUCGUCUCCAGUAUCGUCGCCAUCCUCGGUGCAUCCACCUUCGCCGCCGCGACCUCCGCACCACCAUCCAUAACGCCCUUCCUCACUGCCUCAGGCGCCGUUCCGACAACCCUCGUCCCCAUCACAAAACCAAUCUCCGCAUCCUCAGGCUUGACGUUCACACUGUCUUCCAACUCAUCAUCAUCGGCGCGCCCCUCGACAAUAACCUCCCGUAUCGGCGCCACGCGGACAAUCACCAUCCGACCGGCCAAGACCAACUCGUACGAAGCCUGCGGCGGCCUCCGCGCAACGCCGAAACCCUGCCCGGCCAGCUUCGAGUGCAUCAGCGACCCCUUCGUCAAGGGGUGCGGGUUGGCGUGCGACCAGCUGGGCAUCUGCGUAGUGCCCAUCAUGUGUGGCGGAAUCGCGGCCAUCAAGUGCCCCGCGGGGAAGUUUUGCGUGGACGACCCGAGGGACGAUUGCCAUCCUUCAAAGAAUGGGGCCGACUGCGCUGGGCUUUGCGUUUGA